AUGACUGUGACUGACUCGAGCAGAGCAGGUCCAGACGCCAGCACUAUGAACGCCAGCCAGGUCGACGGCAAAAGUGUGCUGACAAAGACGUCUUUCGUGCUCCAUAUCUACCUGGCAAGACUUGGUGGUGUGAAGCUGGACUGUGGUGGACCAGCGCAGGCGUGCAGAUGGCUUAAGAAGACGGCUCACGACGCCAUUGUUGGUUACACAGUAGUCGUGCGAAGAACUCCAGCUUCAGUCCUUUUCAUCAUGCACUUCUUCGCCUCUGCCCUAUUCGCAGCCAUCGCCACUCGCGAGGCUUUGGCGACCCCAAUUGCACGCUCGCUAUACGUUGUCAAGGAAACGCACCACGUACCCAAGGGUUGGCAGAGACUUGAGCGAAGCCAUGGCAGCAAGACAAUCGAGCUCCAAAUUGGGCUGAAGCAGGGCCAUUUUGACGAGCUUGACCGACAUCUGCGUGAAGUCUCGGAUCCAGACCAUGCCCGAUAUGGUCAGCACCUCAGCGCCGACGAGGUAGACGAACUCGUAGCACCCAGCUCAGAGACCCAUGAUCUUGUGCACGACUGGCUUCGCGAGAGCGGUAUCGACACGACCAAGAUAGCCUACAGCUCAGCCAGAGACUGGGUCAUUGUCCAUCUUCCCAUUGAAGCUGUAGAGGACCUCAUUGACGCUGAGUACCACAACUACAAGCACAGCGAUGGUACCAUUGUUGCACGCACAACAUCCUGGUCUCUCCCACGUCAUUUACACAAUCAUAUCGAUGCUAUUCAGCCAACCACCUCGUUCUUUCAUGUGACCAAGCAAGCAGCGACGUGGGUCAGUGAAUCUGUUGAAGUGCCAUCGAGCUACACCACACCGAAGAAUAGCUCCAUCGCAGCCGUAUGUAACGUGACCUCUGUCACACCGGAAUGCUUCCAAACUCUCUACUCCACUAAGUGGUACAAUACUCAGGCGAGCGACGAAAACAAGGUUGGAUUCACCAACUACCUUGGCGAGAUCCCCAUUCGCCCAGAUACCAAGCUCUUCCUCGAUAAGUACCGUCCCGAGGCUUCUUCCCAGGCUUACGCCUUCAAGCAAACAUCCAUUGACAACGGACCCAUACAAGAUGGCCCUUUGACCUACAACCAGUCCAGUGUUGCUGGAAUUUCCCGUGAGGCUAAUCUUGACGUUCAAGCCAUCGCUGGGAUCAGCUGGGAUACCCCGAUUACAAGCUACUCAACAGGAGGCUCACCUCCAUUCACCCCCGAUAUCUCUACGCCCACCAAUACCAACGAGCCAUACCUUGUAUGGGUAAAUUGGCUUCUUAAUCAACGCUCCAUCCCCCAGGUCAUCUCCACCUCCUACGGCGACUCUGAGCAGACCGUUCCCCGUUCCUAUGCUGAACGUAAAACGUACCAAUUCUCCCCUUCAUUCCCCGCCUCAUGCCCAUACGUUACUACCGUCGGCGCCACCAUGAACUUCGAGCCCGAGGAGUCUGCGUACCGGCCAUCGAGGAACACGAGCGCUGGAUUUCGUGACCUUUAUGCUAGUGGCAGUGGCUUCUCCUAUUACUUUGACCGUCCAAGCUACCAGGACAAGGCUGUGCCAAAGUACAUCAAGGCUCUUGGCGAUCAGUAUCAAGGUCUUUACAACAAGGAGGGUCGUGGAUACCCUGAUCUCGCUGCUCAAGGGUUGUACUUUGCCUACUUCUGGAACGGAACUGAGGGUACCAUCAGUGGAACAUCAGCUUCCAGUCCCCUCACAGCAGGCAUCUUCUCUCUCGUCAACGACGCUCUUCUUGCUUCCGGAAAGCCAACUCUGGGAUUCUUAAAUCCGUGGCUCUACAAGAAGGGCUACAAAGGUCUGACUGACAUCACCAAGGGCUUCAGCCACGGAUGUAAUGUUCAAGGCUUCCCAGCCACAGAGGGCUGGGACCCUGUAACUGGGUUUGGUACUCCUGAUUUCCCGAAGUUACUCAAGCAAGCAGGUGCCAAGGGUCACUGGUGA